UUAGACCUCCAUUUUGAAGAGAGUCUGCAGAGAAAAUGUGGCAGACUGGGGUUUAUAUUUAGCUCAAUCUGCUUAGCUCCGAAUAAACAAACCCUACCCAGUGAUGUCUGCACGAAAACAGGCACCACUCUUUAACGGCUUGCCUGAGAACUGCUGCACUACUCGAGUCCAACCCAAGGUGGGCAUCAAUGGCUUUGGUCGCAUCGGUCGUCUGACUCUCCGGGCAGCCAUCGAAAUGGGCGUGCCAGUAGUGGCGGUCAAUGACCCCUUCAUAGAGCCGGCGUACAUGGCGUACAUGUUUGUGUACGACUCCACGCACGGCAGGUUCAACGGGACAGUCAGCAGUUCUGGUGACGAGCUAGUCAUUAACGGCACGCCAAUCAAAGUGUUUAAUGAGCGGAGUCCAGAGAACAUCCCCUGGUGGUCGGUGAGCGCUGAGUACAUCGUGGAGUCCACGGGCGUCUUCACCACCCUGGACAAGGCCCAGGUCCACAUCAAGGCCGGGGCCAAGAAGGUCAUCAUCUCGGCGCCCUCAGCCGACGCCCCCAUGUUCGUGUGUGGGGUCAACCUGGAUAAAUACACCUCGGACAUGGAGGUCAUAAGCAACGCCUCCUGCACGACCAACUGCCUGGCCCCGUUGGUCAAGGUCAUCCACGACAACUUUGGCAUCGUGGAGGGUUUGAUGACCACUGUCCACGCCGUGACGGCCACUCAGAUGACCGUGGACGGGCCGAGCUCCAAGGACUGGAGGGCUGGCCGGAGUGCUUUGGUCAACAUCAUCCCGGCAACAACAGGGGCGGCUAAAGCUGUCGGUAAGGUGAUCCCAGAAAUGAACGGCAAGUUGACCGGCAUGGCAUUCCGUGUGCCGACACCAGACGUAUCGGUGGUUGACCUGACGUGUAGACUGGCCAAACCCACACCAUAUAAGGACAUAGUGGACGCCAUCAAAGCUGCCUCAUCCGGUGCCAUGAAGGGCAUUCUGGGAUUUACGGAUGAAAUGUUGGUCUCCUCCGACUUCCGUGGCAACAGUUGCAGCAGCAUCUUUGACGCGCAGGCCGGCAUCGCCCUGAACGACACGUUCGUCAAGCUGGUGGCGUGGUACGACAACGAGUACGGCUACAGCUGCCGCGUCAUCUCCCUCAUCAACUUCAUCUACUGCAAGGACCACGGCAUUGACCUCAGCAUGCAGCAGAAAGGCAGGUGCGAGUCCAAAGCUGGGCUUUCGGCCUCUAAGACCAAAGGUCAAGGUCACACCAAGGACAAGAACGGCUGCUGUGGUUGUUUUGGUUAGUUGACUGAUGACGCCAUCACACAACUCACAGUCGACGACACACACGACACCGCGGUGAAUAAAUGUGUGGGAUGUGUGGGGGUGGGGUGGGGGAUGUGGUCGGAUCAUCUUUACAUCUGUGUGAGAGUGUCGGUGGUCAAACUAAAAGACAAAUUGACAUUUGAUUUGUCAUGUGUGGAUUUCACCAUCACGUGGGCUCGGAAAUUCGUCCGGAAAAAGUAUCAUUGUUUUCGAAUUGUGUACACAACUAUA